CACAUGUGCUGUCUCACCGAAGCCUGGCGAGCGAUGCGAGGAAGCCCAGAUGCACGCUGGUGAUGAGCUGGCAACUGAUGACGCCGCCCCAGCUGAAGUCGCCAAGCGCUUGAGUCGCUGACUACAUACGAGCAGCUAGCUCGUCACCGCCAACAAGAGAACUGGCCUAGAGCGCCCUUGAUCAGGCUGCGAAAGUCGCGUUGCAAUGGCAGAAGGCGAGCGAAGUAGUGGCGUGCAGGGUGAUCUCGAGAAGGAAUUGACGUGCUCGAUCUGCACCGAUCUCCUCUACCAGCCGCUCACACUCCUCGAUUGCCUUCACACCUUCUGUGGAGCUUGCUUGAAGGAAUGGUUCGCCUUUCAAGCCUCAGCGGCGACGUCAAUACACCCGUAUACCUGUCCAUCAUGCCGCACCUCAGUGCGCUCCACACAGCCGAAUGCAACCGUCACUACGCUACUCGAUAUCUUCUUGAAGGCGAACCCAGGCAGAGGAAAGAGCGAUGAAGAGAAGAAGGCAGACAAAGACAAGUAUAGGCCAGGUGACAAUGUACUACCUAAGCUACGGCGACGAGGUGGACUGGAAGAUGAGGGCGACCGCAGAAUGCUCGAAGAGGUGCAGCAGCUCAGCCUGAGGGAAGCUGGCAUAUCGAGCGGCAACAACAACACCUUGGAGCCGCCCAGAGAAAGACGAGGGCACGAAAGGAGCCGUGAAGGCAGUAGAGAGUCGAGGAGAAGUCGAGAUGAGAGACGGUCUACGAGUCGCAAUACCUCACCAACACGAGUCGUCGUACCAACCAGAGCUAUCGAGCAUCAAUCGAGUCUGCGAUCGCUGCUUAGCGCAUCAGAUCUGGGCGCGGAGGAUGUCGAUGAGGACCUCGUGCGCCACGUACUGGAGGAGCUGCUCGCUGAAGGCGUGGAUCUGAAUGACAUCGGCACUACGCAAGAGGAGGAAAUCACGGAGAGGAUCGCUGAAGCUGUGCGAAGGCGCCAAGCCGAAAGACAGUCAGAGCGGCAGCGGGAGCGGCGCGAAAGACGAGAUAGGCUAGCAAGAGAAGGCUUAAUGAGCUCGUCUCAGACAUCAUUGCCUCAGCCACUGCGUAGCGCACCUCUGCGCGAGGAAGACGCGUCGCGAAGACGGGGUCACGGGCGCUCAGAGAGCAGAACAUCAACACCACAGAACGGCACAAGGCACGGCCCGCCAAUAUCGCGCCCUGGUCUGAUCGAUGCGGCGAAUGACGGUGGCCGGCACCACAGACGCUCUUCGAGCCAAGGUAGUUCAAGAUCAUCGAGAAGGGCAGACCGGCCACCACCUCUUGCCGUCUCGUCUGCCAGACAGAGCAGCAAUGGGCAGGAACGAGCCUCAACAUCGGACAGUGCGCCGGCACCAAGACGUCGACAAUCUGACAAUCAACAGAGCAGCACUGUAGACCAAAGACAACAAUUUCGCCGCAGUAUUUACGAUAGCAUGGCUGCUGCAAGUCCGGUCUCACCCCUGACGACGGGCUUCAACAUGCCUUCGAGCGACAGCCCUACCAGCACAUUAGCAACGGUCGCCUCGCCAUUGCACUCAUCGCCAUCAUCGACCCCCGCCGAGACACCCUUUCGGGCCCCAUCGUUGCGUCGAAUCACAGAUCCGGCUGGUGGACGACCACCUCGUGUGUCCCUCACAGGCACUCCACCGCUGGUGUCGCCACCAUCCUUCCUGCGUUCGACGACUGAUCCAAACAUCAAUGAAGCUCGCUCACAGCAAGCUUCGGCAUCAGCUCUUUCAGCUCCCACUCUAUACGCCGAGCCACAUGUGUCAUGCAAAUCGUGUGGCAAGGAUCAUAUAGAAUACGAGUUGCACUACAAUUGCCAGCGGUGCGACGAUGGUGACUACAAUAUUUGCCUGCGCUGCUUCCGCUUUGGCCAAGGCUGCAGGCACUGGUUCGGUUUUGGCUGGGCUGCAUGGUUGCGAUACGAACGGCAGGCCCCUCAAGGUGGCUACCCUCCGAACAGUGAGCACCCUCAUGUUCUCACUGGGCAUCGAUAUCGAAGGCCACUUGCCCAACUUACCGAAUCGUCGACGCUACCACAUGUGCUCAUGAGCGAGCACAACCCCGAGCAGCGGAAAGAAGUAGGCGUGUUUUGCGAUAUCUGCAAAGCGUUUGCAAAUGCAUGCUACUGGAAGUGCGACUAUUGCAAUGAAGGCGAGUGGGGCUACUGCAACGACUGCGUCAAUCAAGGUCGUCAUUGCACGCAUCCUCUCCUGCCGGUUGCACACAAGUCGCAAACAGACACAUCAGACAGCCCUGAAGUGUCAGCACCCUCGACUCCUCACCACAAUACCGACAGUCUUGCACCGCCUGAUCACGACUACGAAGCCACGACGCCUCCAUUGACACCAAAGACCGCAUCGCUGAUGCGCGGUCCCAUUCUCUUCACUAUAGCGAACCUUACCUUCCGCCCACUGACUUUCACGACCUUGUGUAACGUCUGCAGAUAUCCCAUUCCACCCUCGAAUACUCGCUACCAUUGUCUUAAAUGUAACGCAGGCGACUACGACGCCUGUAUGGCUUGCUACCACAAGCUAGUGGUCUCGAAUCGAAUCAGCAAAGAAAACGGUGUCAAUGGCUGGCGAAAGUGCUUCCGAGGCCACCGCAUGGUCGUUGUUGGAUUUGAAGAUCGCGACGGCGGGCAGCUGCGUAUCGUUGUGCGUGAUCUGGUUGGCGGCUGGGCGCUGAAAGAUGGUGAUGAACAGGCAAGGUCUCCAGCAUCAAGAGCGCUGCAGAGGUAUCCGCCAGAUGGCGGUACUGGCCUCAGACUACAAGCUCGAUGGGGAUAUUGGCCUGAGGACGGUGUCAAGGAUGAGCUGACGUUCCCAAAGAUUGCGGAGAUAAGAGAGGCAGCAGAUGUCAACGGGGAAUGGUACUGGGGUGUGUAUUGUGGCAUGAUGGGCUUGUUCCCUGCAAGUCAUGUUGCGACACUUUAAGGAAACAAAACUCAGUAUCAACGCAAAUCAAGA